AUGACUCUCUCCUGCUGCCCACCUUGCUGUCAGCCUGGCUGCUGCAAGACCAUCUACUGCUGGACCACGUGCUGCCCACCCUGCUGCCCUGAUUCCAGCUGCCAUGAGUCCAUCUGCUGCCAGCCUUGCUGUCCUCCAAGUUGCAGCACACCCUGCUGCCAGUCCAGCAACAGCAGCAACAAAACUGUCAGCACUUGCUCAGAGGCCUCCAACCCACCAACCUGCUGUGAAAGCACCUGCUGCAAGACCAGCAGUUCCAAGCCAACUGGUAUGAGCAUCUGCUGCAACACACCUUGUUGCCAGCCCUGCUGCUGUGUGCCCACCUGCUGCCAGCCAUGCUGCCAACCCUGCUCCUUAAAGAUCAGCUGUCAACCCCCUUGCUGUGAAACCAGCUGCUGCAAGACAAGCAGUUCCAAGUCAAACUGU